AUGACAUAUAAUAUUGAUCCGAACGAAUUAAGAAAAGAAGUAAAGAAUAAAUUCAGUAAAAACCAAGGAAAGGUGGAAGAAGAAGAUGUAAACACGUUAUAUAACAUAGUAACAGAAAUUAACAAAAAAAAAGAAUAUUCACAGAUUUAUCAAAACCAUUAG